UAGCUAGCGCGCACAGGCAUUACAGCUCAAGUGCCACCACUACCGGGACACGACUCCUCACCAUGCCUUCCCCUUCCUCGGCCCACUGGCUGAGCCUCGUCGGGAGCAUCUGGCUGCAGACCAUCAACGGGCCCAACUCCGACUUCCCGGUGUACUCGUCGCAGCUCAAGGACCUCAAGCACAUCUCGCAGGUGCAGCUCAACUUCCUCGCCUUCGCGUCCGACGCGGGCAAGCUCUUCGGCUGGUUCUCCGGGGUGGCGGCCCUGUACCUGCCGCUGUGGCUCGUGGCCUUCAUCGGCGCCGCGUUCGGCCUCGUCGGCUACGGCGUCCAGUACCUGUUCUUGGACAGCGCCGGGCUCCGGUACUGGCACCUGUUCGUGCUCACCUCCCUGGCCGGGAAUGGCAUCUGCUGGAUCAACACCGUCUGCUACCUCCUCUGCAUCCGGAACUUCGGGUCCAGCAGCCGCGUCGCGGUGAGCCUCGCGACGAGCUACCUCGGCUUGAGCGCCAAGGUCUACACCAGCCUGGCCGACUCGAUACCCGGCCUGGCCAACUCCAAGGCGAAGACGUACCUCCUCCUCAAUGCCGUCGUACCGAUGCUCGUCACCGUCGUGGUGGCGCCGUCUCUCAGGGUGGUGGACCUCAAGAGCGAGGCCAGCACGGACGCCGCAUUCCUCGUCAUGUUCGCCAUCACGCUCGCCACCGGAGCAUGCGCCGUCGUCGGCAGCAUAGGCUCCACGUCGAACGGGCUGUCGUCGAGGGAGCACAUGAUCAGCCUCAGCGUGCUACUGGCCACUCCCAUACUUAUCCCGCUGGCUCUCAGGGUCCGGGAGAGCAUGAACAAGAUAUGGGAAACAAAGCGGGAGAACAGAAUCUACGAUCUCGGCACCGACGAGGCCGAAGCCAUGGACACUGUCGUCGCUAUCGAUGUCGCCGACGUCGAGAGCAAGGAGGGAGACAGUGUCACGGAGAAACCGCAAGAGGAGGUCGGGGGUCUCCAGCUGCUAAGGAAGCCGGACUUCUGGCUCUACUUCUUCAGCUACAUGUUCAGUGGCACCCUGGGUCUGGUCUUCUUGAACAACCUGGGACAGAUCGCCGAGUCGCGACGGCUCGGGCAGAUUUCCACGCUGGUCUCCCUGUCGUCUUCGUUUGGAUUCUUCGGCCGCCUGCUCCCGUCGUUCUUGGACUACUACUCCGCGAAAAGCGGCUACUCCAUAUCAAGGACGGCGUCAAUGGCGUCGCUGAUGGCGCCCAUGUCCGGCGCCUUCUUUCUGCUGCUCAACACGAGCGACUUCUUCCUGUACCUGAGCACGGCCAUCAUCGGCACCUGCACGGGCGCCAUCACGUCGGUGGCGGUGUCGGCGACGAGCGAGCUGUUCGGCACCAAGAACUUCGGCGUGAACCACAACGUGGUGGUGACCAACAUCCCCGUGGGCUCCCUGUGCUUCGGCUAUUUCGCGGCCUACCUCUACCAGCGCGGCGCCAGGGGCAGCCACCGGUGCAUCGGCGCCGGCUGCUACCAGGAGACGUUCGUGGUCUGGGGCUCGACGUGCGCCGUCGGCACGCUGCUCUGCACCGUCCUCUACGCGCGGUCCCGCAGCUUCGCCGGGAGGCUACCGGCUGCCGCAGCAAGGACGCCAUGCCUUGCCCGCUUAGCUAACCUCGUAGGUGGUAACAAGGCUCCAGAAGUUUCUGAUCUGAGGGCCUGAUUAAUUAUGUCGAUUAAUCUUAGUGACCAUACAGCCAUCAAGCAUCUGCCAGUAGGCGAUGUAGCUUUUGUUUCUUUUGAUCUUCUUCUUUUUCUUCUUGUCUUUUUUGGUUCCUUGACUGAUCCCGAGGGGGAUACAGAAAAGCCGGAGAUGAGUAGAUAUUGUGCAGCAGGGUGGUCACCUUUUCAGUGCAUGUAUAUGCCUAUAUCAAUGGUUAAUUAAAACUUGAAAGGAAUUCAGGUUUUCAUGUUGGCCUUUUGGUAUUACA